AGGCAGCGUGUCUGGAGCCGCAUUCGCAUUAACAUGUUUCCACUGUGACAGAUAGGUUGUAACAAUUCCACUAAACAGGUUGUUAUCGUUCGUUGUUUUCGUUUCAAAAAUGUUGCCCAGACUGAACUUCUCUAUGUGCGCGUAUUUGGUAACCGUGCUCAUUUGUUUGUCAUCGAAAUUGACCUCAAGUCAGCUGAUUAUCAACGUUAAAAAUCAGGGUGGAGAUGUAGUACAAGAAAAUAUAUCUGCUAACGUCACCGACGAUACGGUCACGCUAGAAUUCCAGAGAAGCGAUGGAACGUUGGUCACUCAACUCAUCGAUUUCAGAAACGAAGUUCAAGUUAUUAAAGCUCUGAUCUUGGGCGAAGAAGAGAGAGGCCAAUCGCAAUAUCAAGUAGUGUGUUUCCUGUUCCAUUUUCCCAAGGACUCUUUCAUCUCAUCAGAUGCUAUGUCGAAACUCCGCCAGAAAAAUCCUAGUGCCAUAAGGAUACCGGAACAAGAUUUAGUGAGAGAUAAUUACACAAUGGACUAUCAUGUUUCACUGCAACAUUCUGGUGUGUUUUCGCCUCAUAUCGCAGAUUUGUGCGCUGAGGCGAAAGAAUCGACGUAUGUUAGACAUGAGGACUUGACCUUCUGGUCAAUCAAUCAAGGCAUCCCAGUCACAACAUUCCUGAAGGCUCUGAUAAAAUUACCCAGAACCAAGUACCGAUCGACCAAGAAAGACGUUGAAGAUAAACCAAAGGCCAACGUGGAGACUUGCACCGGAUCCAAAGUCAUGUGGUCGCCUUGCUACUGUCAUCUCGAGAUAUGCAUAGGUUGGUACCCCUGCAGCCUCAAAUACUGCAAGGGCAAAGGUCAAACGAAAAACUCUUACGUGACCUAUAGGUGCGGUAUAAAAACGUGCAGAAAAUGCCACUUGUUCACUUAUUACGUGGAGGAAAAAGAGCAAUGCAUGUGGGACGAGUGACCCACGAGUAACCAAUGAACUUUUUUUAAUGCAUCUGCCUUAAUACGGAAAGAUUAGGACCAAAUAUUAUAUGCAUUAAUCGAGAAUCGAACUAAAUGACUUGGGA